AGCUGCACAAUAUUGUUUACAUUUCUACCUGCAUUGUGCACGCAGAGUGGGGAUGUCGUUUUGAUCGUAGAGUUAGAUUAGAGCUUAGAGUACAUGGAGUAUAUCACGAUCACGAUACAUAUACAAUAAUUGACAGUACACAAUUGACAAAAAACAUCAGUCAUGGCAUAUCCGUCAGCUAUGUACGGAGCAACUGAUCCUGAAAUGCAAGUGGAUCCGCAAGUGCAACAGUGGUUUCUAGCUGUUGAUAGAGACAAUAGUGGAAGAAUUACUGCAUCAGAAUUAAAAUGUGCACUGGCAAAUGGUCAAGGAGGUACAUUUUCGGAUACUGCUUGUACUCUAAUGAUCGGCAUGUUUGAUAAAGAGAAAAAUGGCACUAUUGACUUAUUUGAAUUUCAAGCACUUUACAAUUAUAUCAAUGCAUGGCUAGGUGUCUUUCGUGGCUUUGAUCGAGACAAUUCUGGAAAUAUACAAGAAAAUGAAUUAAAUGCAGCUCUAACACAAAUGGGCUAUCGGCUUGGUCCAGAAUUUAUUUCAUUUCUCAUAAAAAAGAGCGAUCCUAGUGGUCAUUCUUCUAUUACUGUAGAUCAGUUUAUUGUACUAUGUGUCCAAAUCCAAAGGUUUACAGAUGCCUUUAGAGUUCGAGACACCGACCAAGCAGGGACAAUUACUAUUGGAUUUGAAGAUUUUUUGAGUGUUGCACUCAGUUGCAGUGUAUAAUGCUCAACUUAUUUUAGCAUAAUUAAUAUAUUUAAUUUUAAUAUUUUUAUUUUAAUCAGAAGCAUUCAAACUGCUUGUAGCUUACUGGAGGAUUCAUUCUCUAUAACUUGAUUUGUAAUUUUAACAUAUUUAACGAAAUAUGUAAUUAUCUAUUUUCAAAAUAUUGGAGAAACAUUUUUCAAAUAUACUUUUAUAGAUUUUAAAAUAGUGCCUACGCUUGUCUCAUACAGAAAUAUCAAUGAAAUAAUUAUUUUAUUUAUCAGCGA